CCAACAAAACCCGCAGAGCUAAGAACUAAAAACGAAAAAGAAAAAAGAACCACAGUUUGGGGAGGCAUGAAGUUCAUAUGUAUAAAUAUGGGUUCUCAUAGGCAAUGAAAGCCGUACCACCUGAACUUCAAAAACUAGCUUGCUAUAUAGAAAGAUCAGUAAAAACUACUGAUAAUAAAUAUUUUGACAAGUUAUGGCAGGCAACGUAUUUGGAAACCCUGUGACCGACGAAGUUGUAAAAGAACUUUAUCCAGGCAAGGAAGUAACUCGCAAACUCAAAGCUGAAGUGGCUUUCGAAUUCAUCAACUCCGGAGGUAAAGAUGUGGAUGCUAAAAACUUUGUGUACGGUCUCAAAGAUAAGUAUGGCAAUGGAAUCUCUGCAAAGUGCAUGAUUUACAAUGCCACCGGAGACACUGUAACAUAUUCCGGCAAAAAAGACUGGCACGGCCAUAUCUAUGAAUCUCCAUACCCUGCCAAGAUUCAAAAUGGGCAGUGGGGUGCUUUUCUCCAUGUCCACCCUUCUUGGUUUGCCGGUUCGGAAUCCGCUAUCAUCUACCGCGGUUUCAAUGGCGACGGUCAACUCUGUGACUGGAUGCAAUCUUGGGGCAUUCCAUAUGUUGGUAAUAAUCAUGCUUAUACAGAAAUCCGUGAAGGUCAUCAUUAUGAAACUGAUCAUUGGGAUUAUAUUAAAAGUUUGUUGGAAAGCCAAUCCACUAAAUAUGAAGAUACUUGGAAUGGAUGUCAAUCGAAUGUGACAAUUGGGGAAGGGACUUCUCCUGAAUUUGUGGGAAUAAUGUCCUUGGAAGGUGUCACUACCAAAUGAUUAAUAUGAACAAUUUUUCCCAAAAAUAAAUAAAAUCUAUCUCAUAUAUGUGUGGACAAGAAUAAAAGGCAGCUGCUACGUGCAACAAUUCAGCGUUGUAAAACAGGCGAACCACGUAGUUCCUUUGUUUGAAACCAAAUAAUAAAUAAAAUAUAAGGCUAAAUAACUGUUGUACUUUUU